AUGGUGGUGGUGGUGGUGGUUGGUGGUAGUGGUGGUAGUGAUGGUAGUGGUGGUAGUGGUGGUAGUGGUGGUAGUGGUGGUGGGCAUGGGCAACAACAUAAUGGAAGGAAUGGGAUUGGCGGUGGUAGUGGUGGUGGCGAUGGUGGUGGCGAUGGUGGUGGCGGUGGUGGUGGUGAUGGUAGUAGACACGGGCAACAACAACAUAAUGGAAUGAUUGGGAUUGGCGGUGGUGAUGAUGGUGGUGGCUGUGGUGGUGGACAUGGGCAACAACACGGUGGCGGUAGUAGUGGUGGUAGUUGUGGUGCUGGUGGUAGUUGUGGUGCUGGUGGUAAUUGUGGUGCUGGUGGUAGUUGUGGUGCUGAUGGUGGUUGUGAGCAUUGGCAACAACAUGUGCAAGCAGUAUGUGGUGAACUUUGCUCAAACGUUACCACCAAUAAUAUCUGA